AUGAGCCAAGGGCCAUCAAAUAGUGAAGGAGCUGGUAAAGUCAGCCUCUUGAAGAAAGUACCAGCACUAAAGGACGGAGAUUUCACCCUAGCAGAAUGCACUGCCAUUCUGCUGUAUCUGAGUCGAAAGUACAACACUCCCGACCACUGGUACCCAUCAGACAUACAGAAACGGGCCCAGGUAGACGAAUACCUCUCAUGGCAUCAUGCUAAUAUCCGGGCUAAUGCUCCCAAGACCAUGUGGAUCAAGGUGCUGAUUCCCCUCUUCACAGGGCAGCCACUGCCCUCCGAGAAGCUCCAGGAGGUUAUGGAAGGGCUAUCCACUUCCCUGAAGCAAUUUGAGGAGAGGUUUCUGAAGGACAAGGCUUUUAUCGUCGGGAGUGAGAUCUCUCUGGCAGAUCUUGUGGCCAUUGUGGAGCUGAUGCAACCUGUUGGUGUUGGUUGUGAUGUCUUUGAAGACAGACCUAGGCUGAUGGAGUGGCGCAGGCGGGUGGAGGAUGCGGUGGGGAAAGAGCUUUUCUUCCAAGCCCAUGAGAUGAUCCUCAAUAUCAAAGAACUAAGCAACAUUCAAAUUGAUCCACAGCUGAAAGAGCAUCUGGCACCUGUGUUGAUGAAGAUGCUGAAAUGAGUUAACCUAUCUUACCAUUUUUCCUGCCCUUUGUUUUUUAACUUCUUCUCUGACCUCCAGUUCUACAUGUAACUGGAAAGAGCACUGUAAUUCUAACACAGAAAUUGCAGAGUGUUCCACCCCCUCCCCCAGAACCAGGCCUUUCCUGUAUCUUUGGGGGCGGAAGCUGGGGAAGGUUUAAGAUCU